AUGAGAGUUGUCAUUGUGGGGGCUGGUCUAGGAGGCCUGACCUGCGCUAUCGCAUGUUGUCGCGAGGGAAUUGACGUGGUUGUACUCGAAAAAUCACCCGAAGCUCGCGAGGUUGGGGCGGGUAUUCAGAUUCCUCCUAAUGGCGGCCGCAUCAUGCGGGAAUUGGGAGUUCUCCCCCAAUUGCUCGAAAGGGGGUCUCAGGUCCAAGAGGUGGAGUUCCGCCGUUAUGACGAUGGCCAUUCGCUACGGAUUAUGCCUUUUGGUGAUGACAUAACACACGAAUUUGGUGUGCCGUGGUUAAUCAUCCAUAGAGCUGAUUACCACCAAGUUCUUCUUCAAGAGGCAAUUCGGCUUGGAGUCAAAUUUCAAUGGGGUGCUGCUGUUGAGCAUAUCCUUAUUGACGGGCCGGAGGUUAUCCUCGCCGGAGGUGAAAGAGUGUCUGGAGAUGUUGUGAUCGGAGCAGAUGGAAUCGGUUCUACCAUUAGAAAUAUUCUUCUUGGUGACACUGUCUCUUUAGUUGAGACUGGUGACCUAGCUUAUCGAGCGGUAUUCAAACGAGAACAGCUGGAAGCCCUCAAUGAUGAUAAAGUCACGCAGCUAUGUCAAAGAGUUGGUGUGACAAGCUGGUUAGGGCCAGACAAGCACACAAUAUUUUAUCCUGUUCGUGGUGGCGAAGAGCUUAAUCUUGUUCUCCUUCGACCCGAUACUUUCAGUCAGGCUUCUCAUCGAGAGACAGGUGAUAUUUAUGAGAUGCGAGAGAGUUACGCAGACUGGGAUGAGACACUUCAGAAGAUCAUUUCAUGUGUGCCGUCCGUUGAUAAGUGGAAAUUGUCAAAUCUACCAGAGCUACCAUUAUGGACAAAGGGCGCUGUCACCCUCCUUGGGGAUGCUUGCCAUCCAACCCUGCCGUACCAAGCCCAGGGAGCAGCAAUGGCAGUCGAAGAUGGAGCCCUCAUUGGCAAGCUUCUUGGUCUUUUACACGCCCACUGCACCAAGCUUGAAAGGGAUCCAUCAUUAUCAACAAAUGAGUCAACUCAGAAGAAUAUUAUCUCUGUGCUAGAGCUCUACGAGCAGAUUCGCAAGAAGCGUACGUCUCGAAGCGUCCAAGGAGCGAUUAUGAAUCGCAAGCUAUUCCAUAUGCAAGAUGGUCUUAUCAGGCGGAUACGAGACCUCCUUCUGGGAUAUGCUGGGGUUACUCGCAAGUCUGAUUGGACCUGGCUAUCCUCGUUCCGGCAGAGGCAAAUUCUUGGAUACGAUGUUUUAGAGGACUCUACAAAAUUGUUUGAGACCUGGGCAGCUUCUCACCUUCCGGUGAAG